AUGCUCAAAGCCGGCUAUUUCCAGACCUUCGAAUACCCAUCCUCAUCCUCAGUCCUCAUUCACGACGAGAUCUACGGCGACCAUUUAAUCACAGAGCCCGUCCUAGUUGCGCUGCUGCAUUCCCCCGCCCUCCUCCGCCUACAGGGCGUCUGCCAACACGGCAUCACCGGCCUUCUCGGCCACACCCACCGCGUAACACGCCUAGAACACUCCGUCGGCGCAUUCCUAGUCGUACGCACCGUCGGCUCCAGCGUAGACGAGCAAGCCGCCGCGCUCCUCCACGACAUCAGCCACACAGCGCUCAGCCAUGUCGUUGACUGGGCGCUCUCGAAACCAGGCGAGGAGAGCUACCACGAAGUCCACAAGGAGCGAGCCAUAAACAUGAAUGCAAAUAUGGCUGGGAUUCCGCGUAUUCUGAAACGCCAUGGGCUCGACAGCGCACGCAUCCUCGACGAGAGCAUCUUCCCCCUCGUCGAGAAAUCGGCCCCGCAUCUCUGUGCCGACCGGUUGGACUAUGCCCUGCGUGACUCGGUGGGGUUUGGGAAACUUGAGCUGCACGAUGCGAGGCGUGUAUUCUCUUCGGUUAGGGCGUUUCCGGAUGUCUCUCACCCGACGCGUCUGCUGGUUCUCGAUGAUGUGGAUCUUUCUCUCCGUCUUGCCCGCGCGUACCUGGAGGCAGAUAGGGAUGUCUGGUCGAAUAGGGCGCAUAUAGACAUGUAUCGGCGGACUGGCCAGGUGAUCGGAGAUAUCAUCAAGCAGGGGGGGAUCAAAGAGGAGGAGCUGUGGAAAUGCUCGGACCAGGAAUUCUGGGAGCUAUUGCGCAGUGUUGCUGGCGAGGAGGGCGCGAAGGUCAUGGAGUGUCUAGAGCAGGAGGGUCUUCCGGAUGAGGAUGGAUUAACGCUGCCCCAGCGUGCCAAAGUCCGCACUAUUGACCCGGACGUUUAUGUCGGGGAUCAUGCAGUGGAGCCGGUUCCUCUGUCUGGACUGCUGCCAUUGUGGGCUGCUGAGCGGCAGAUGUAUAUCCUCCAACGCGAGACGACGAGAGCUGAUGCAGUGGAUGACAAUCCAAAUUGA